AUGCACUCUGUGCUGAACCGCAUCGAUGACCUGCGCCGGGCGGGGCUGACUUCGCUGAUGGUGGUCGCCGAUUACCUGCGCCGUCGUCUGGCCCCUCUGCGGGAGCGUGCCCGCUUCGCCUGGAUGUACACCGGCUCGGGCAACCUAACGAGGACCUACAUCAGCCCGAACGUGGACCUCGAUGAGGGGGCCCUGGCGGCCCUGCUGAAUGUGGUGACCGGCGUCGACGAUCUUGCCCUGGCGGUCCUGCCCCGAGAGGAGCUGGCGCUUUACGCCGACCCUGGCCGGGCGGCACUACAGGCGUCCUUGAUGGAAUUCGACGCCCAAGGGAUGGUGGACCAUCCGGGGCGCCGGAACCCCGGGACCAUACACAUCCAUGGGGUGGAUGACAACAGAGGGCGGAGCGCCGCCGCCAAAGGCAGCAGGCCAACGGCCCGAGGAGACAAGGGGAAGCGUCACCUGGCAUACGUCCCCCAGCUGUCUUCAUCUUUGUCGCCGUCACCUCCGCGACAACGGCCGACGGCAGGCAAUGCGACGGAGGGCGGCCGAGGCGGCCAAUCUUCGGGAGAGGACUCCGGGACAGAGGCUGGAUAUAGGGCGCGGCAACCUGAGGGCCAGAGCCUGGCUGGCGGCACAACGGCUGGCGGCCGGACCGACCAGCCUUCGGAGGCAGGCUCCGGGGCAGGCCCUGGGGCGGCCGCUAGGGCCGAACCACAACGGCCCGAGGGCCAGAGCCCUCCCCCAAAAAGGAGGAAGGCAGAGCCCGGGCCGAAGCCACAGAGCCCCGAUUUCUGGAUCCCGGAGUCUCGGUGGCGGUACCACAGGCCCAAAACCACGCCACCCAAGGACUCCGCAGGAGGCCAGAACCAGCCGGAGCAGCCGAGGCCAGCCCCUGUCCCUGGGCCGAGCGCACCGGCGGACCCCGAGCCGAGGGCUCCGGCCAGCUCUGAGCCGAGGGCCCUGGCCGGUCCCGAGCAGCGAGCGCCGACCGCACCUGCCCCGAGCCCUCCGAGGAAGGAGCAAACAGCUGCCGGGGAGGUGGUCGCGACAAGGGCGGUGUCGACACGGUCGCUGUCAGGGUCCCCGAGCGCCUUUGCAGAGAGGGCUCGCAGGGGACCCAUCCCCCAGCCGCCUUCUGGCCAGGCCCCAGAACCCCUCCCCGAGGUGUUGGGAAGCGCACGGGAGGUCAUCGGGCGGCUUGAAGUGGUCGUGGUGGUAGAGCGGUUCGAGCUUGACAAAGAGCGCGCCACCCUAGUCGAUGAGAGGGGCCGGCUAGAGGAGGCCCGGAAGUUGCUGGAGACCCGCAUCGUCUCGGCCCGCGUGACCCACAAGAAAUCCAUGCUCGAGGUGGCCAAGGAGCGGGAGGCGCUGGAGGAGACCCGCAACGAGGUGGUCUCUCGGGAGGAGGCGGCCAGCAGAAGGGAGGAAGCCGUGCGGUCUGCCCAGGCGGACUUGGCCCGCCAGAACGACGAGCUCGAGCACGGCCACGCCGACGUCUUCCGCCGGGAGGAGCAGGUCGCGCUGCACGAGACCAACGUCGAAAUAACGGCGCUGGCACUUGACGCCCGGGAGGAGCAGAUCGUGCGGCGCGAGGCGGAUGCCGCCUCGGCAUCGUCAACACUCACCGCCCGGGAGGAGCUGGUCGCCAAGUGGGAGGCCGACUUGGCUGCCCGAGAGCAGGCCGUCAAGACCCGGGCCGAGCAGCUGGAGCGAGCUCAGACCGAGGCGGCUGCCCAACGCCGGGAGAUCCCGACCGCGAGGGGCGUCCCUACCAGCGCCGCCGAUGGCGCCAGCCUCGAGGACCGGCUGAAGAACGCAGAGGGCGAGCUCGAGACCGUCCUCGCCGAGCGGACUAACGUGAAGCUGAUGAUGCAGGACAUCCUUCAACAGGCAUGA